AUGGCUGCUAUUGUCGAUGCAGAAAUUCCGUGCUCGAGGUCUCUUGACCUCGCUCAACAGUUGCUUGCAAAUUUGCACCAGGAGUACCAGCUUGUGCUAUCGGCCCGCGAUACUACUAAAAAACCAGACCUGGGUCUACUCGUUUCGCUCCAGAAACUUGUCGGGAGAGACGUGCUCACAGUCAUCCGCGCUCUGACAGACUUGCAUUCCGCGGUCAACCGGCUUCCCACAGAGAUUUUGGUGCACAUAUUCUCCCUCGUCCUAGAUAAACUGCCUCCCAAGGCUUCUGGUCCAGGUGGCUCAUGGGAGAGCUUAUCCGACGUCAGACAGCUGCAACCCCUCACCGCCGUGUGCCAUACAUGGCGCAGGGUAGCGACCGGCACGCCGUCUCUGUGGUCCACCGCGCUAGUCUGCCAAACGCCGGAUCAGGAGUCCCAGUGGUACAAGCUGUGCCUCGCAUCCAGUGGUCAAGGCUAUCUCGACGUGUAUGCGGAUAUAGCCACCCGGCGCGGAGUCACGAAGUUCCUCAUGCAGCACAGCGCGCGCGUUCGCAGCCUCUGCCUUGUCUAUCCCGAAAACCAGGACAGCAUGCGAUAUGGGCCGAUGCAACUCGCGCUGCCGCUUCCCAACCUUGAGAAAUGUACCAUCCAAGGGGGUAUCAUCGAGUGGACCAAUACAAUCAGACAUCCCUCGUAUGCGCUCUUCCCUCACAGUCCUAGGCUCUCCAUGCUCCGCCUGCUCUCGUGCGACUUCCUGCCAUCCCAGCCCUUCCCGGCGCUUUCGCAUUUGUGCGUCAUGAAAUGCGCGGUGCGCCUCGAAGACCUCCUCAAUCUCAUUUCCCAAUCCCCCCAGUUGCAAGUGCUGAAACUGUACCGGAACGGCCCCGACCGCACGUGGAUUGACGUCCCAUCCCUGGAGGCCUGGCGAGCGCGUCCGGGGCGAGUCUCGCCGCAGCUGCGGGAACUCGAGAUUGUGGACUACCUCCCUACCAGUGUCAUGAACUGGAGCGACGUGGAACCCAACCCCAACCACACCAUCUGGUACAACGUCCUGUCCGCAGUCACCGUCCCUCUGGAUUGCGUGACUCGCAUUGGAGCGAUAUCCUCUGAACAUCUUACGGAGACGCUGGACCGCCUCCAGGUAGGAAGACACGCCACGCACGCAUACCUCACCAAACGCUGGACGUACUGCCAACCCCCUCACUGCGGGUUCACGCUCCACGCGCUCAACCAGGAGGAACCCCUCGACGUCGUCCUCGGGGUGCUGUAUGACCAAUCGAUCCCAGAACCCACCCUCCACUCCCACCUGAGCGGCGCAUUCGCAUCCUUCACCGCGCUCCGCCGCCUCUGGCUGCGCCUCGACACCCGUCUGACUCUUCUCGGCCACGAUACGCUCGCGCUCAUGCUCACGGCCCUCCCCGCGCUCGAGUUCCUCGCGCUCUUCGCCUCCGACACCUCCCGGCCCUACCUGCCCUGCACCGAGCUGCUCCCCAUGAGCGGGCUCGUCCCCGCCGCGCCGAGCCCCGGCGCCCCCACCGCUGCCAGUGCGCCGCGCUGUCCGCGCCUUGCGACGCUCGUCCUCAACCCGUGCGGCUGGCCGUGCGCCGCGCCCGCGUCCGGGCAGGUCGCGUACGCGCGGGCCUUUGCGCGCGCACGCGCCGCGGCGGGGGCGCCGCUCGCGCGGCUGCUGCUCUGCGAGAACGAGCAGGAGCCCGGGCUGGAGCGGUACGGCGCGUUCUCGCCCGAGGCCAGCGAUUUUAUGCGCAUUCACGGAGUGCACGCGGCGCGCGCGGGGGCGCGGACGACGGUCCUGCGGGAGUACGAUGCGGCGGGGGCGCGCGUGCGGACGCACGACGGGGACGCGUUCGUCGUCGCCGAACGGAUGUGGGCGGAGGGCGUCGAGUGGUCUGGGCCAGGGGGCGACUGGACACACUCGUUCCGGUGAUGACAAUGGUGUAUCGCUGAGGGCGUGUUUGCCUUGACUCUUUAACAGGUCGUGCAUGAUAUUGUACGAGCGUAUUCGAAGUUAAUGUCACCGCCCAAUUCUGCUCACAGAUGUACUCAUGUCUUGCUAAUCUUACUAUCUU